UUCCCAGAUUCCUUUUUAAUUUUUCAAUCCAAAAGAGGAGCUGGAUUUUGAAGUCCCUAGAGUUGGGAAGAUCUAACCAGGCAUCCAGAAGACCUUAAAACUCACGAAGAUGACCUAAUUACCAUCGUACCAUUUGUAUCAUGCUUCUAAUUUUGCAAAUGGCUCUACAGAUGUUGAUCACAACAGUCUGGUGAAGUAUGGCACUGGCAUGUUCACAUUACAAGCAGGAAGUGGGCGUGGAGAAAGUGACUGCCGGAUUUGAAUCCAGGACACCCACAUUGAAGACUUGAUUGAUUUUCGCAGCCUUCGGGUGCUGAAUUCAGAAUCAUCACUGUGGACUCAGAUGCCCACUCCACAUUAAAGGCAGAGAAACAAAGGCAUCCUUUAAAAAAAAACAACAACAACACCCCACUCUCCAGCGACCUCAGUUCUGUGUCCCAGGGACGAUGGCCGAAGAGAUGGAGCUCGGCAAUGGGACCCUUCCUCAAGAAGGAGGUGAGACCACUGUGAUGAUCAAUGUGGGGUCUGCAGAGACACGCAACGCUGACAAGUCCUUUAUUUUGCGCACGCACAAACUACGCAACCUGGCUAUAGCUAGCAUCAUCUGCGGCUGUUCCUGCCUUGGAGUCCUAGCCCUGAUCUACGCGGUCAAGUCUAGGGAGAAACAAAAAAUGAAUUCCCAUGACUCAGCAGCCUACUGGUAUCGGAAGUCCCGGUGUAUGUCUUGGCUAAGUAUUGGUGUCUGGGUCUCUCUCCUCCUCCUGGUACCCCUCUUAACCAUCCUCGUUUCCUACAUCUUCUCUCAAGCCGAAUGAUGCUCUUCAUGAAUGCAUGCCAGAAUUGUGUCUUCUGCAAGGCUUUCCCAGCUGGACUCAUUCUAAAUUGGCAUCGAGCAACUUGUUGCUUGCCCACUAGCAAGGUGACCUGCUGUGUGCCCUCUGGCCUGGAGGAGAUCAGAGAAGUGAGAGUGUGGAAACGGAGCUCCUUACAUCACCUUUCUGGGCUGCACUAGAAUUAGGGCCUGGAUUGAGCCUCAAUCCCUGACAGAAAGACUCUCUCGUUUAUGGUUGAGGAGGGCGGGACUGUUGACAAAGAACUGGAGUCCCGGUUUACAGAAGACUGGGCACGUAAAUAGUGCUAGACAGAAUGUUACAAAUCUUGUUUGGUUUCUGCAAGAGGACUUGGCAUACUUCAGUUAUGCCCGUGGCGCAGAUGCCCAGUACAUCUUGAUUUAGACUUCUCUGGUGCCCCUAUGUGACCAGAGUAGCCAAGUUCGAGAGACUGAAGCCGCAUCAUUCACUGCUGUGCAAUUUUCCUUUAAUCCAAAGUUGCGUUCUUGCUGCUGCCGUGUUGGUGUGUCCUCUGAGCACUUGUUCCAUGAGCCCCUUUUGACCACAUGCACAGAGCGCUCAACCUGUAUCUUGGAGACCUUACUUCGGAUCCCGGGUUGGCUAUAGCCUCCUUCCUUAGUCACACUUUGAGUCUCGGUUCUUCACUUAUAAAAAUAAGAGACUGCAAGCGUAAGGACUCUUUCCUGGGAGAGAGCCUGAUUGAAUAACAUGGAACUGCUUUGGAAUGCUCCCAUCAAGGCUGAAGGGAGAGUGCAUGAAAUAAAGGUUGUAAAACCACUUUAAGCACACAGUAGAAAGAAGAUAACCAGUAGCACUUUGUAGAGACCAUUCUUCUUGGCUGCUCUUAAUGUUCCUUGAAAGGAACUGUAAUGAUUUCAUUUUUUUUUGGUGUGUGUGUUUCUUUAAAUG